ACACAAUGGCAGCAGAAUGAGGGAAAACAAGUGCCUCCCUUUCCCCUCGCUGCCGCUCUUUGUAGAUCAGCAGAGGGAAACCCCAACUCUAGACUGAAACCCUCCAGCACAGCGUGAAGCGUCCCUGCAUUUUCAGGCGGCUUAGGAUUUCGGAUUUUUUUUUAUUUUUUGCCUCCAUCGCGAGCUCUUUUUCGCUCGGCUGCGAGUGAACCAAACAGCGGCACUGCGGCCUUCCCAGCGGCGGAGGCACCUCGCGCUCGCAGUCGCCGAAGAGACCGAGAGAGACGCAGCGGCGGGAGGCGGACCGGCGUAAAAUGGCGGCCGGGAGAUCACGUGACCACCCUUGAGGCGCUGCUGGGGUGGUAUGGAGGCCGCCAAGAGACCCCAGGAAGACGGCGAGGAAGUGGUGGUGGAGGAACAGUUAGUCAUGGUGGAACUGUCAGGAAUAAUUGAUUCAGAGUUUUUGGAAAAAUGUGAGAACAAAUGCAAGAUUUUGGGAAUAGACACAGAGAGGCCCAUUUUGCAAGUAGACCGAUACGUCUUUGCUGGGGAGUAUGAAGAUACUCUUGGUACCUGUGUGGUGUUUGAAGAAAACAAUGAUCAUGAUGCAGAAGGUAACCAAAAAUUACAGCUAAAGUACAAGUGCCACACAAUGAAGAAGCUGAACAUGACACGGACACUCCUAACUGAGAAAAAGGAAGGAGAAGAGAAUACAGGUGGAGGAGUGGAAUGGCUAGAACUUAAGGAUAGAGACUUCUCAUACAGCAGACCUAACAUGAUUUGCAACUUCUUAUAUGAAAAAGAAGAGGAGACAGUUGAGUCCCAGGACAAACUGGCAGAUGAGUCUGAAGGAGAAGCCGGUGACAAAGGAAAUGUUGAUCAGAAGUUUGAACCUGAGAUACAGCCCAGCAUUGAAAUUGAUGACUCUGCCCCUCCUUUGGACACCAUAGUCUCUGAAGCAGUGGACUCUCCUUCAGUGAACACUGAGGAUAUUAUUCUAGAUGAUUCUCCGCAUUGAUGUGAAGUCUGUGGAUGAGAUGUGACAAUGGGAAGAGCUGUUUUGAUAUACUAAUGUGUUAGAAAACUCUAUAUGAGCUCUGGCUUGGAUACAUAAUGAAUUGGAAAACUGGACCCUAAAGUUGUAUGCCAGCUAUGCUGGAGUAAUAGCUUACAUCCUAAGAACAGUGUAUCAAGUCCACUUGUCUUUUUUCAACCAGCAGACUAGCCACUUUUGAAAUUCAAGUAUGUUUCAGAAGCAGUUUGUGCAGCUGGGAGUUGCUGUUCAAAAGGAAAAUAAAUAAAUCUUGUUAGAUAUUUGCAUGCCUUUGAACAUGCCUACCUGGACUCCUUUGUUUAAUGUUCCUUAUGGUAUCUUAUUACCUCAGAAUUGUAAAGAGCCAAAGACAAUGUCUGAUGAAGAAAUAACAUAAGUAAAUUCCUGAUUCUCCUCAAGUUAAUAAAACACAUAUUUGUACA